AUGAUCCUAAGUCGUCUUAUCAAAUUUACGCACGGUGAACAAUUUUCAAUCAUCAAAGUUAGCCUAUUGAGUACCAUCUUUGUCAUUGCCGAUAUUGUCUCGUUACUACUACAAGCAGCAGGUGGUGCAAUGCAAGCAUCAACCGGACUUGAAACAAUUGCAAAACCAGUUGUUAUCAUUGGGCUCGUUUUUCAAAUUGUCUUUUUCACAUUCUUUCUUACAGCAGCAAUCGCUUUUCAUCUACGCAUGGGUGGUCGAUCAGUCGAACAACAAGUUAAUUUUAGUAGUGGUGGUGGUGAAUGGAAACAAUUACUAUGGAUUGUCUAUAUAUCUGGAAUUUUCAUUUUAAUUCGAUCGAUUUAUCGUGUCACUGAAUAUUCAAUGGGUUUUAAUGGAUACCUAAUGAGUACAGAAGUUUUUUUCUAUGUUUUUGAUUCAUUGCUGAUGUUUAUUGUUAUGCUCGUAUACAAUGUUUGGCACCCAUCGAGAAUCCUCAAUCCCAACACAUUGGUAGUAGCUGCAAGCUCAAAUGGUUUUAAGCUCAAGGUAAAUCCUUCGGUUCAAAAUACCUGA